AUGGUUUCUCAUCAUAAGAUUCAUUUUGUCGUUCGAGUUCUUAAUAAAGGAGAUGAAGAUAAUGAAACAAUUAAAUGUUUUAUAACACAUAAUCUUGAAAAGCAUGUUCGAGAAUAUCCUGGUCAAAAAAUUGCUAUUCUUAUUAAUAUGAGUGAAGCAGGUAUUAGACAUUUGGAUUAUGAUUUGGUUAAAUUCAUUAUUGCUAGCAAACAAAACUUUUAUUCAGUUUAA